AAACAUAGUCUAUACUUUAGAAGGCACAUUAUUUUAAAGAUAAAGUUGUCAGUAAUAACGGUUUUUUAAACCACACAAUCAUAACACGUGUUUACAGAGAAACUACACAAACUUUGAAAACCUAUCCUCUGACCUUUUGUGGUUAAAUAACAAAUGGAAAUUAUUACCAGUACGGUGAUGGACAAAUUAAGCAUAGAUAAUAGAGCAACUGCUCCGACAUGAUAAAUGCAGAUUCAACGGCAAUGGAUUUUAUGGUGUUUAUUUUUAAAACUUACAUUUGUUUACAUUAUCUUGACAGUAUUACACAUGCAUAUAAUUUUGAUAAAAAGAAUGUGAUGCUUUUCAAAGGACCUAAAGGAAGUUAUUUUGGAUAUUCUGUUGGAAUACUGGAAAACAAGAACGGAAUCAUGAUCCUUGUCGGUGCACCCAAAGGAAACAGCAGUAACUUUUCAUUGAUUGACAGACCUGGGUUGCUGUACAAAUGUCCAAUUGCAGGCCAGAAAAGAGAUUGUUACCCUGUCAAUGUAAAUAAUGCAGGUAACACAGAAGAAACGAUAAGUUAUCACAACAAGAGAAUAACAUUUCACAACGACAUGAGCAACCAGUGGUUAGGAAUGACAUUAGAUAUAGAACCUAUCAACCACUCAUCCAUUAUGAUUUGUGCCCCGAGAUGGAAGGACUCAUAUUUGGAGAAAAAGAUGAAUGGAAUGUCCCAUAUGAAUGGAAUAUGUUACCUUUUGAGUUCAGACUUAUCAAGUCCACCGAAGUUUCUCCCAGCAUUAACUAACUUGAAAAGACUUGUCAACAGAAAGAGUAAUUAUGUUGAGUUUUCAAUGGGGGCAAUGGGAUUUUCAGCAGUAUUCUCACAGGAAAAUGGAACGUUGUUGUUUGGAGCUCCUGGUUUAAAUGAUUGGACAGGGGGUGUUGUAAUAGAAACGAUAGCAGGAGAAAACAAUGUAAGAUACAUAGAACCAUCGAGAAAAGACUUCCAGGAUAGUUAUAGUGGAUAUUCUAUAACGACAGGGAAAUUUGUAAGUAGAAACAAAUUUAGUAUAGCAGUCGGCGCCCCUAGAGCUGAUAAUUAUGGAAAGGUAUUGCUGUAUUCUAGCGAAUCGACAGUUGGUCCGCUGUCAUCCGUUGUUGGAACACAGACAGGUAGCUAUUUUGGAGCAGCUUUAUGCAGUUUAAGUAUAGAAGGGGACAAACUAGACUACCUUGUAGUAGGAGCUCCGAUGUUUGCAGAUAAGAGCCCAGAGGAAGGCCGAGUGUUUGUGUUCAAGUCUCAUGGGUUGCUCGGUUUCAGAAAGGCAUCAGUUCUCAGGGGUCUUGAUAAACCUUUUGCCAGAUUUGGAGCAACAAUCUCUAACAUCGGUGAUCUGGAUAAAGAUGGAUUUGAAGAUAUUGUCGUUGGUGCCCCUUAUGAAGAAGACGGCAGAGGAUCCAUAUAUAUCUUUAAUGGUUAUAAAUUAGGUUUAUGGAGUAAGUUCACAAAACAUAUUACAGCCAGGGAGAUAGAUCCCGGAAUUAGAACAUUUGGUAUAUCAUUUUCCAGGCCAUAUGAUGUUGACAGAAAUAAUUAUUCAGAUAUUGCAGUCGGUGCCUACAAAUCUGGUCAUACAAUUGUCCUGUGGUCCACACCUUUAAUUGACUUGUCGGAGACAAUAUUAAAAAUUAAAAAUUUGCAACCAGUAAAUGGCUGUAUCAUUCAUGAGAAACUUCAACCAAAUUGUACCAACCAAAAUCUUCUACAAGGAAAUAUGAUAUACUGUUUUAUGUUCAAAAGCGACAGACUGAACUCACCCACUAAUGCUAUUGUGAAAUAUCAGGUUGUAUUUGAUUCAUCUAGGAAUAAUUCACGAGUUUUUGGCUAUAACAAAAGCAACAAAUUGAUUCCACUCAAAACUUUCACUGGGAAGCGUAGGAUUUAUGUCAACAGACGAGCAUGUGAAAAUACUACAAUAUAUAUACAGUUCACAGAAGAAUCAAAUCAAGAUGUAUGGAUUGAACUUGAUUACAACUUAAGAGGUCGAAAAGUUACCUUACUUCAAUUCAACGGGAAGAAAAAACAACCAGAGAUUACCAAUAAAAGCAAAGCGAAGGUUGAACUGAAGCAAAAGUGUGCAGAUGACAAUGAAUGCGACGAAAAAAUAUUAAUCAAGGCUGCAAUGGAAAUACAGAAUGAAAACCAAACUGUAUAUACCGUAGGAAAAUCAGUAAAUGUGCUAGUUCUAGUCACGGUACUAAAUAUGGAUGACAUUAAAACAUCAAGUGAUGUCAGUAUAAAUAUUCAAUAUUCAAAAAUAUUAUCUUUUGUGAAAAGUUUUCAUUACUGGAGCAAUCGUAGUUUGCCAUGUGACAUUGAAGACUACAAUAGUUCAAAGUUUAUUAUUAGUUGUAGAAUAAGUAAGGAACAAAAUUACAAUACAUCUGCUAUUUUCGAAUUUUACGUUGGAAACGGAUUGUUGGAGGAUAGUGUAGAGUUUUUGAUCAGUUCACACAGUAGUAGUAGAAUAUCCAAUAAUGUUACGUUAUAUUUACCUGUAGUUUCUAGAUCUCAUGUAAUAGUUAUUGGUAAAGGGAGUCCAGAUGAGGUGAUUUUGAAACUGCAAAAUGAAAGUAUAAAGACAGAACAUGAGAUUGUGUUUACUUACAUCAUUUUCAAUGAAGGACCAUCCACACUUGAGAACAGCAGUAUGUUUAUUAGUUACCCCGAGCUACCAGGAGUGUUGGACAUGAAUGGAUUGAUGAUUGAAUCGAAUCCAAAAGAUUCUUCAAAGUACAUGUGUACCCUGAAGAUGAGAGGUGAAAUCAGUAGUUCUUUGGUUGACAAGAUAAAUAAAGAGCAAAAUAUUCAGCUAAUUGAAUCGAAUCCAAAAGAUUCUUCAAAGUACAUGUGUACCCUGAAGAUGAGAGGUGAAAUCAGUAGUACUUUGGUUGACAAGAUAAAUAAAGAGCAAAAUAUUCAGCUAAUUUGCAAUGGUGUACACCCCUACUGUACAAAUAUUGUGUGUAAAUUCCGAAACAUUGGACCACGAACGUCAGUAACACUGAACAUAAAUAUGCUACUUACUGUUCAUGGUAAUAAAUUUCAGCAACUUAGACAUGUGAAACUUCAGUCGACUUCUGUGUACAGAAAUAAAACGGAGGAAAAAGACUGGGAUGAAAUCAUACUUUUCACAAAAUCAAACCGAAAGUCAAAGGUUAUAAUAGAUGUUUUUAACGUUGAUAUGAAUUAUGAAGAAGUUAGAGAUAUGCAAAUGUGGAUUAUUAUUGUCAGUGGUGCUGGUGGCAUUGUUGUCUUUUUGAUAAUUAGUCUAUUCAUGUUUAAGGUUGGAUUUUUCCGACGACUAGACAACGAAGAUUUACAACUAAGAAAGGCUAAUUGGAAACUUAGAAUAGCUGAGGCUAAUCAAGAUCAAGACAUUAACAGGACUAGACAACACUUCCACAGAAGAAAUAGACACACUAUUAACAAUGCCUGUUUCUCAUCGAAUGUUGACGACGACGAAACACAUGUGCUCAUUCCAUAUUCAAAUGAUUCUAUAACAGGCCCUUCUGAUGAAGACAUUUCUAGCAUCUCCUCUGAUAUGUCAGAGGAGUCAGGAUACUUGGAGCCAAUCAAAACUAGAAAACAAAGAGUUUUUGUGAAGUGAAAUUUGUUAAAGAUACCACCCAUUAUACAAUGUGUUCAUGAAAUGUCAACUGCCCCAAAAAAGAAGAUAAACUUAUGAUUGUGUGCAAUUCUUUUCAAAUGCAUUUUAAUGUGAAGUUGCCAAUGUGGCUUUAUGUUGUAUAUGACAACAAUCUAUUCUGCAUGCAGUUUAUACAGUAACAAAAUAACGUUUAUUGCAAAGAUGGAAUAUGAAAUAUAUAUGGGGCGUUUUUAGCUACGAGAGACUACACAAUGAAAAUCUAAAGUUUUUGAAUGCACGUCUUAUGAACAGUUAACGCAAAUGCAUACUUUUAAAACCAAACAAAAUUAUGAAAAAUACCUAACUCUGAAAUAUAGAAAAUAAAGAAAAAUUAUGAUUAUGCAAACCUUUGGUGUACAUUUCCAGCUAAUUUAAGAAUAAGCAAAAUAAAAACACUUCAUAUAAGAAGAACUGAUAUCUUUUGCUGCAGUUACAUUAACAUUAUAUGAUAAGAAAUACAUUUAUAAAAUAUUGUCAAUGAAGGGUAAAAUGAAAUAUUAUUAUCACGGAAUGAAAAAGAAAACAUGCAUUUCCGUAGUUGUACACAAUUCUUGUACAAAUAUAAAAAAGAAAUACUAAAGAACUUGCAAAUGAAGUAUAAACCGUUCUGAAAUUGCUCCCAAGUUGUUUGGCGCGGACUUCGAAGAGGACAUCAAAAAUAAAUAUCACGUGAACACUGCUGCACAUGUAUGAAAAACUUAAAAACACUGUAAGUAUAAUAUAAAGAAUACUUUUUUUUGCGAGCUACUUGGGAAAACUAUCAAAAUUUACACCAUACCCAAGCACAUACGUCAAGAUAUUAAAUACAAUUUUCUAUCAGAAUGCCUAAGUAUCGGGCGUAAUAUGCUUUGGAUAGGCGAUUGAACAUUGUAUUAUCGCCCGUUUAACAGAAAAAAAUCUCAAUUAACAAACUUGAAUGAAAUCAUUACAUAUGCAUAAUAUAGAUGUUAGAUAGGUGAGAUACUUAAAGUAUUGUCAUGACACUUUUUCUGAGUAUCUCUAUUAAAUUAAUAUUUUUACCUGAUAUUACGUUUGUGUUUAUACAAAUGCAUUGUUUUGUACUAGGAAGUCUACGAUCGAGUUUGCAUGGUAGCAUUUUUAAGGUUCAAGUGCGUCAGUCAUUAAAAAAAAUGUUGGUUAUAUCAUAAUUAUUAAUGCAGCAAACAUAAACAAAUGAUUAAAAAAAAUAAUAAUGAUACAAGAUAAAUCAGGUUUUUUUUUUAAAUUUUCAAUAAAUAUAGUAAUAUCAUGAUAUUAGUGUAUAGUUUAUGUAUUUUCAUUGUAUUCAGAAUUCCUAAUGUACUAAUAUCCUCCUAAGUGUCAGAUGGUCUAUCAAAUGAGUCAUACAUUAAAUGGUUCAAUAGUUGGAAGGUUCUAGACUUUCAAAAUAUGUAACAUACUAUGUGAACAAUGAUAAAUUACUUAACAGUCAUAACAUUGAGGUAUAUGACGCUCAGGUAUGACGAAGCGAAAAAAUAAUUUCAUACUGAAUGCUUUUAUUAUUCUUAGUUUCAUACUUAUCGUCUGAAUACAAAGAUACAACAAAACUUGGCACGUAAUGAAACAAUUUAAAAAAAAAAACGGAAAUAUUAAUGUUGAUAAAAUGUCCCCACAAAUGUGCCUCAUUUAAUUUACAGGUAAGGUAACAGAUGUUUGUUUUGAUACUAAAAAUAAAGCGAUUACGUCGACAUUUAGGACGUAAACAUAAAACCACGUGAGUCAUUUGUGUGUAUACAAAUACAGCUGUCCUGGGCAGUAUUAUUCAGAACCCGAAGGCUUGUCAAAAUAAGAAGAUGUCGAACAUUUUUAUAGCAGAGUACUGUGAUGAGAGUGAUUUGUACAGCAUAGAUCAACAUAAAUUCAUCCAUGUUGGGCAUAGCGGAAAAGGACGGAGCAAACGUGAGGCCCGACAACAUACUAAUGGAUAUGAUCCAAAUGGACAUACUCGUAAGAUAGUACAGAAACUGGUAAAUCGUAAAAUGAAACUUACACAAGACCGUUGAAGAUCCUAAUGCAAAACGCUGUACUACGACACUACGGACACAGGAAAGAAAAACGACGUAAAUGGACAUGGAUGAAAGUGGAUAGUUUUAACGAAAAUUGGAAUCAGUGAGACAAUCGAUCGAAAACAUUUUAACAGUUAAAAUGAUUACUAAGUCUUAUUAAAAAGAACAGUUUUGCAGAA